AUGGCAGCCACAUGGAAAGAAGUGAACCGGGGACAGAAGAGCCAUGGUGCCAAUAACUUCAGCAGCCCAGAGUCAGUUAAUGGAUGGAGCAAUAAAUCGGUGGUUACUGAAUUUAUUUUGUUGGGCCUGUCUAGCUCUCAGGAUAUUCAACUCUUCCUCUUCCUUUUGUUCUCUGUGUUUUAUGGAGCUGCGGUUUUGGGAAACAUCUUUAUCAUCCUCACAGUAAUUAUAGACUCUCGCUUACAUUCCCCAAUGUAUUUUCUUCUUAGCAAUCUCUCCUUUAUUGAUGUGUGUCAGGCUACAUUUGCCACUCCCAAGAUGAUUGCAGACUUCCUCAAUGAACACAAGACCAUCACCUUCCAGGGAUGCAUGUCACAGAUAUUUUUCUUGCAUGUUUUUGGGGGUAGUGAGAUGGUGCUUCUUGUCGCUAUGGCCUAUGAUAGAUACAUUGCUAUCUGCAAACCUCUGCAUUACAUGACCAUCAUGAGCCGAAGGGUGUGCGCUAUUCUGGUGGGAGUCUCCUGGACCAUUGGUAUUCUGCAUUCAGCCAGCCACCUGGCAUUCACAGUCAAUCUUCCUUUCUGUGGACCCAAUAAGGUAGACAAUUUCUUUUGUGACCUUCCCCUGGUGAUCAAACUUGCCUGCUUAGACACAUAUGAUUUAGAGGUCCUUGUGCUAACCAACAACAGUGGCUUUCUUUCUAUGAGUUCCUUUCUCCUCUUGGUCAUCUCCUACACUGUGAUACUUAUCACAGUUAGGAAACGCUCCUCUGCUAGCAUGGCAAAGGCCCGUUCCACACUGACUGCUCAUAUCACGGUGGUCACACUCUUCUUUGGACCCUGCAUCUUUAUCUAUGUGUGGCCCUUCAGCAGUUAUUCUGUUGACAAAGUCCUUGCUGUAUUCUACACCAUCUUUACUCCCAUUUUAAACCCAAUUAUCUACACUCUAAGGAACAAAGACAUGAAGGCAGCUAUGUUAAAAGUGAAGAGUCGGUAUCUGAAGUCAGGCCAGGUUUCUGCAUUCAUAAGAAAUGUUCUUUUCUUGGAAACAAACUAA